ACCAAAUACAGUUUACCGAUGCACUCCAUUCCCGAUCUUAUGAUUUCAUCUUCACGAUUUCCCAUUUCCCGUUUCCCAUUUCUCAAUUCCCAACUUCCAAUUUCCCAAAGUUCUCAACUUCCAACUCCCAAUUCCCAAUUUCAAAAUAAAUGAUUUUUUUCCCUUAGAUUUAAUUUCUUAAAUGUCUGACAACGGCACUGAUCACUCCUUCAAUGAUGGUUCGUCAUCAGACCUCACUACCAAUCCUCCUUGGCCAAACGUAAGACGGGUUGACCAGGCCCAAAUCGAAAAGAAAUACUUUCAAGAUGGCGCAACUAUACAUUUUGAACGUUUGCCUGGCCUUCCCUCCUGGACGCGUCUAUUCUUUGUGAAGGAUACUCUUCGCGUCUUUUACGUCACCAACAAGACCAUCCAAGCGUCUAAGCUUUCUCGGCGCCGCUUAGCACCUGAAGAAGUUGACGCUACUAGCGAAGCUGCUGCUCAUGCAUCCCGAUGGCUCGCUCUUAUCAAUCCUACCUCCUUAUUGAUAACUGGUGCUAUAUGCUGGAGGACGAGAAAGACUUUCAAGUUCCCCCUUUAUCAGCCGAACCAGACGAUAUUCAAUCCCUAUACCUUCCCCUCCAGACGCUUUCCUAUUGUUAAAGAUUCUUCCGCCGUUUACGCCUGGCAUGGAAUUCGGUUCUUGUGCUAUUUCCCUCUGACCAUGAUCGUAUCUACCGUCUUCUACAGCUCUAUUGCGGAAAAGUCCUACGACAUACGCAUACUCAAGGAUCCGCGCAUGAAGGCCUGGGUGGAAGAUGUCAGAAGGAACCUUGUCAACCAGUCUCGUAUGCAGCAUGGGAACCAGGGUCCGCAGCAAAAUCUUCCAGCGCAUCCAGAUCCCAAUUCUCAGUCUUCCCAGGGGUUUUCUGCUCCCCCAUCCCCACAUGAUAAAUAUUCCUUCGAGUCGGGAAAUCAGGCAUCUCGAGAGUAUGAACGUGAUUCGUUCACAAGUCAGUCAAAUAGCAGUUCGAGCGAUUCGGAUGCAGAAGACAGAAGAAGCUCGUCGGCAUCUUCCCCUGAAUCAUAUUGGGGCAAGGGAACCCAGUUCCAAGGCUCGGAUUCAGGCUCGCGGCAUUCAGACGAUGACUCGGACCUUUUCGAUGAUGCCGACGAUGCCUCUCCAGUCCCAGCCGCAUUGAGGAGGGCGGAAGCCCAACAAACCCGUAAUGCCCAAGCUGGCUCCGCUUGGGACCGUAUCAGACAGCAAACCCAAUCUGGAAACGCUCAGUGGGCUCGGGGAGAUUCAUCCGGUGAGGAGAGCGGCUGGGGCCAGCUACGACAAGACAAGACAAAAAACCCCCAGGAGAGACAACCGAGGACAGAGGGCUUCGCGUAUACAAUGCAAGACGAGGACAAAGAGGGCAAGAACUACGAGCAAGAUAAAGCUCAGAAAGAAUUCGAUGCAUUCUUGGAAUCGGAGAGACGUGGUGGGUCCCAAAGAAGGUAGGGCAAGGGAUUGUAGCUCUGUGGAACGACUAUAGAUGUAUUUGGAACGACUUGGGGGGAGGACAAAAGUUAUCAAUUUGAAUAUGUUUCAUUCUUCAACGAUGGUUCAUGGUCCUAUGUUAUUACUUUUGCUUUGGGCAGCUACGCGAUGAUUUCGUUGAUCGGGUUUCACCCGACUUAAAGAUUUCCUUGAAGUGAUUAUUACAGGUACCUAACCUAAUAUGUUCAGGGUGGGCAGGUUGUCGAGGCUAGUUGAGGUAGGUGUCUAGGUUUCUAGGUGUCCUAAGAGGUAUGCUUUGAUUUCAAACUGAACAAUCAACAGCUCUAUGUUAGGUGAACUAUUGGCUUUUUACUUGCCUCUGUUGUGCUUGAAUAAUCCCAUUGAAUAAUCCAUU